UCGACUCGCAUUUAAAAGUUUGGUUGGUUACACUUUUUCAAAAUUUCCAAGGAGAAAAGAUGGAAGGGAGCACUGAUAAGUACAUCAUAGAUAUAGUCAAAUCAUUUGUCUUGGACAGAAAGUAUGAAAUGCUUGGUAUAUUUAUGGACAGUUUGGACGAAAAGAGAGAGGAAAGUUUGAUGCAAUAUGACGAAUUUUGUCGGGCUCUGAUCGCUUUCAACUUCGAAAAAAGGGAGUUCGAGAAAGUUUACCACAUACUUGAAACGGGAAAAUUUAAGAAUCCUCGAGAUCUGAUAGAAAUCUGGGAUCAGGCACACUACAGAGAACGGGAGAUCAUCAUCAACAAACCCCUUAAUCCCCUGAUGAGGUUCAGAGUCCGCAAAAAAUAUCCUCCACCCAAAAAUAUCUGCCCCACUGGAGAAAGGCCCCAGCACAAAUUACCAGAGAUUGCAAGAGAGACCCUGAAGAACUGGUUUGCUGAACAUGCUAACAACCCCUACCCCUCCAAACCUCAGAGGGAGGACUUGUGUAAGGCUACUGGUCUAUCAGACUACCAGGUCAAAACUUGGUUUUCAAAUGCAAGGCGUAAAGUCAAACACAACUCUUUUGGAGGCAAGAAAGAACAGGCAAAAAGCACAGCCAAGUAUUUGGUGACAGAUUCAGUAAAACCCCAGCUUUUUCUAAAUCCCAACACAGCAUCAUCAUUUGACACAGCAGAAAAAUGGUGCAAUGAUUGGCAACAAAAAGCUCUUGGAUAUACCAGCAUUUCCCAGCCGUAUAAUUAUCAGGAUGUAAGUCCAUCCUAUGACAUGAAAUUCUGGCCCAAUGACCAAACACAAUGUUUUAAAGAUCCAGUGUUUCCAGUAAAUAUGCCAAGCCAGUAUAUGGGAGAACCAAAAUAUGUGUAUGGCGACACAUUUUGCCAACCUUUGACCUAUCAAACACCUCCAAAUCAGUUUUGCAGACAGUGUUGCCUCAGAGAGUCCUAUGAAGCUGCCUUUCAGUAUCAGUAUAAUGGUGCAGGAGUUCAGCAUGGUGACACUGAGGCAGCACUGAUGCUGUUGGAUCUACAGAGACCUCUAAUCUCAGGAGAAUAUCCACACAUGAGCUGAGGCCCAAAACCGUGAGAAGGGGAGCUAUAUAUCCAUCCUCCCUAGUGUUAUUGUUUAAAAUUUUUGGUUUAGCAUCAACUGAGUUGGUUGUUCAAUAUACUGACAUAUUUGUUUAUUUUCUCUCUGGAAAUUGCUUGUACGAGUAUUUCGCUGCUUUCUCAUGACUUGUACAUAAUUAUGGUUUAAAUUGUAUUUAUACACCCUGGUGGACCCAUAUACAGUGUAUACCCUGGUGAUUUAUAUUUAGACUAUAAUCAUGCAAAUGCUAUCAUAUUUGGUUAUACAUAUAUAUAUAUCUUAUAAUGAUGUCCCUGCUAUGGUUCAGCUUGAUUAUAAAAGGUCUAAAAUCAAGAUUUCAAGUCAAAUGUCCAUUUAUAGCUCAAAGACACAUUUGUUCCUCCAUACAGCAAAUUAGGUAAUCAUUAGAAAUUAAUCAUUAGAAAUUUAUUUCUUGACCUUAUUAAAUUAUACAAUUAUACUUGCAUGCUUAGUCUAGACCAUCAAUGAAUUACAUGUAUUUUUGUUUUUGCUCAGGUUAGAGAUGUGGCCUAUAGGCCUCUGUUAUUUGAUUUCUGUGUAUUCAAUGAUUUUUGUUUAAAUUGUGUAUGACAACACCAAUAUCUUAUUUUGCAUGUUGCAGGCAGUGUUAUUUAUCAGUAUAUUGUAAUUAUUUAUAGAA